UGUAGAUAAAUGUAUUUAAUAGUAGAGUAGUUGCCCUUAAAAGAACGAAGAACAGAGCUAAGAGCUUCGAUCAUUCCAUUACAUAGUUCGAUUACCUACAAAUUGAUACUAUCUAAACAUUAUAAGACGUAUUUAUUCUCAAGAAGCCCGUUUAUCAGUCCCCUGUUUUGUGCUCAUUUUAACCAAAAAAGUGAGAUUUAGUUUGAUACACACACACAAUCGGUGUUCUCAAUUUCAAUUCACUCGAUUGAAUCUGUAAUUUGAAAUCAAUUUUGUUUUCUUGUUGCUAUUUUAUUCUUUUUCCCCUUUCCCCUUUCUAUAAUUUUAUUAAUUACAAUUCUAGGGUUUAUAUAAUUGAACACUAAAAUGGUUGAUAAGAAAGAAAAGAAGACCUUGUUGGAUGCCAGUGGCGCUGAAUCCACCGAAGACAAAACCGCCACCGCAAUUCUCAGAAGAAAGAAGAAGGAUAACGCCCUUCUUGUCGAUGACGCCGUCAAUGAUGACAAUUCCGUUAUAACCAUGUCUUCAAACACCAUGGAGCUCUUACAAUUGUUUCGUGGUGAUACCGUCCUUGUCAAGGGUAAGAAGAGAAAGGACACGGUGUUGAUUGUUUUGGCUGAUGACGAUAUGGAAGAUGGUGUUGCUAGAAUCAACAGAUGUGUUCGUAAUAACUUGAGAGUUAGAUUAGGUGACAUUGUUUCUGUUCACCCUUGUCCAGAUAUUAAAUAUGCCAACAGAAUCUCCGUCUUGCCAAUUGCUGAUACUGUUGAAGGUAUCACAGGUUCUCUCUUUGAUGUUUACUUGAAGCCUUAUUUCGUUGAAGCCUAUAGACCAGUUAGAAAAGGUGACCUUUUCACUGUAAGAGGUGGUAUGAGACAAGUUGAAUUCAAGGUUGUUGAAGUUGACCCUGAAGAAAUUGCCAUUGUCGCACAAGAUACUAUUAUCCAUUGUGAGGGCGAACCAAUCAAUCGUGAAGAUGAAGAAAAUAAUUUGAAUGAAGUUGGUUAUGAUGAUAUUGGUGGAUGUAAGAAGCAAAUGGCUCAAAUCAGAGAAUUGGUUGAAUUGCCAUUACGUCACCCACAAUUGUUCAAGUCCAUUGGUAUUAAGCCACCAAAGGGUAUUUUAAUGUACGGUCCUCCAGGUACUGGUAAGACUGUCAUGGCCAGAGCAGUUGCUAAUGAAACAGGUGCCUUUUUCUUUUUGAUUAAUGGUCCUGAAAUUAUGUCCAAAAUGGCUGGUGAAUCUGAAUCUAAUUUGAGAAAGGCCUUUGAAGAAGCUGAAAAGAAUUCUCCAUCUAUUAUUUUCAUCGAUGAAAUUGAUUCUAUUGCUCCAAAGAGAGACAAGACUAAUGGUGAAGUUGAAAGAAGAGUCGUUUCCCAAUUAUUGACUUUGAUGGAUGGUAUGAAGGCAAGAUCAAACGUUGUUGUCAUUGCUGCUACCAACAGACCAAACUCUAUCGACCCAGCCUUGAGAAGAUUUGGUAGAUUUGACAGAGAAGUUGAUAUUGGUGUUCCAGAUGCUGCAGGACGUUUGGAAAUUUUGAGAAUUCACACCAAGAACAUGAAGUUGUGUGAUGGUGUUGAUUUAGAAGCUAUUGCUUCUGAAACUCAUGGUUUCGUUGGUGCCGAUAUCGCAUCCUUAUGUUCUGAAGCUGCUAUGCAACAAAUUCGUGAAAAGAUGGAUCUUAUUGAUUUAGAAGAAGAAACUAUUGAUGCUGAAAUCCUUGAUUCCUUGGGAGUUACCAUGGAGAACUUUAGAUUUGCCUUGGGUAACUCUAACCCAUCUGCAUUGAGAGAAACCGUAGUAGAAAACGUCAAUGUUACCUGGGACGAUAUUGGUGGAUUGGAUACCAUCAAGAACGAAUUGAAGGAAACUGUCGAAUACCCAGUCUUACACCCAGAUCAAUACCAAAAGUUUGGUUUGGCUCCUUCCAAGGGUGUUUUAUUCUUUGGUCCACCAGGUACUGGUAAGACUUUGUUAGCUAAGGCUGUUGCCACUGAAGUUUCUGCUAACUUUAUUUCUGUCAAGGGUCCCGAAUUGUUGAGUAUGUGGUAUGGUGAAUCUGAAUCUAACAUUCGUGAUAUUUUCGAUAAGGCUAGAGCAGCUGCUCCAACCGUUGUCUUUUUAGAUGAAUUGGAUUCUAUUGCUAAGGCUAGAGGUGGAUCUAACGGUGACGCUGGUGGUGCAUCCGAUCGUGUUGUUAACCAAUUGUUGACCGAAAUGGAUGGUAUGAACGCCAAGAAGAAUGUCUUCGUUAUUGGUGCCACUAACAGACCAGAUCAAAUCGAUCCAGCCUUAUUGAGACCUGGUAGAUUGGAUCAAUUGAUUUAUGUUCCAUUGCCAGAUGAAACCGCUAGAUUAUCUAUCUUACAAGCUCAAUUGCGUAAUACUCCAUUAGAACCAGGUUUAGACUUGAUAGAAAUUGCCAAGCAUACCAAUGGAUUCUCUGGUGCCGAUUUGUCUUACAUUGUACAAAGAUCUGCUAAGUUUGCUAUUAAGGAUUCCAUUGAAGCAAACAUCAGAUUGCAAAAGGAAAAGGAAAGCAAGAACCCUGUUAAGACUGAAGAUGUUGAAAUGACCGAAGUUAAGGAAGAAGGUGGUGCAGCUGAACAAGAGGAAGAAGAAGAAGAAGACCCAGUUCCAUUCAUUACAAGAGCUCACUUUGAAGAAGCUAUGAAGACAGCUAAACGUUCUGUUUCAGAUGCCGACUUACGUCGUUACGAAGCCUAUGCUCAACAAAUACAAGCAUCUAGAGGUCAAUUUACCAACUUUAGAUUCUCUGAAAAUGCAAAUGGAGUUGAUGCUCCUUCUGGUACCACUGGUGGUAAUGAAAAUGCUGCUGCUUUCGGCCAAGAAGAGGAAGAUGAUUUAUAUAGUUAGGGAUUUAUUGUUAACUAGCGAAAUUUAUCGAAAUUGAAUGAUCUAGAAGAAUGAUUUUAAUGUAUGAUUGUAUUUUAUAUUUAUCUUGCGAAUUCUAAAAACAAAAAUGUUGAAAUGAA